CGACCCUCAAGGGAGAAUAUAAAAAAGACUAGUCUCGAGGUAAAUGAUUCCUUUCUUAGUGCGCAAUGCAUCGUAUUAUUUGGAGCUGCCUUUGAAACAACAGCGACUACAUUGACUUUUCUUUUGUACGAACUUGCGAAGAAUCCAGAUAAACAAAAGCGGGCGAUAGAGGAAGUUAAUCAGUAUUUUAAAAACCAUGAUCGGAUAGAGUACGAAUGUGUUUAUGAAACGCCGUAUUUAGAUGCUUGCGUGUGCGAUACUCUCAGAAUUUAUCCAGUUCUUGGAGUAGUGACAAGAGAAUUGGUAGAAGAUUACACUCUCCCAUCGGGUGUUCCGCUCACCAAGGGCUUGCGCGUCCAUAUACCAGUUCACCAUUUGCACCACAAUCCCCAAUACUUUCCGGAACCCGAUGUUUUUAGACCAGAAAGGUUUUUAGGUGCGGAAAAAGAACGAAUAGAACCAUUUUCAUAUAUGCCAUUUGGAGAAGGUCCAAGGACAUGUAUAGGUCUGAGAUUUGCUAAAAUGCAAUCAAUUGCUGGUCUUUUGGCAUUAAUGAGAAAGUGUCAAGUGGAGUUAGUGGAGGAGACGCCCACGAAAAUCCAAUUCGAGCCUCGCGUCUCAACCACCCAACCAGUGGAGGAGAUUUAUUUGAAAUUUACUCCAAAAUAAA